AUGGCGACCCGUGGGGCCUCCAGGGCCGAGGAGAAUGGCCCCAAUAACUUGGGAUCCAAGGACGUCAAGCCAGUGGAGGCCAAAGCGCGCAGGGCCCUGGGAGAUAUCGGCAACGUGGGUGGCGUCACCACUCGCUCCCAGGCGAAGGGCACCAUCAAGCCGACCGCGCUCAAGCCGCGCGACCCGACCGCCACCGCCGCCGCCGCGCUGCGAUCCAAGGCGGCCCACAAGGGCGGCUCCAGCCUGAGCUCGCUGCUGCAGAGCCGCUCCGAGUACGCCGCCACCAACAAGCGCCAGGCGGCCGCGGUGGCGCUGUCGCCGCUGCCCGACAUUGACAGCAAGGACAAGGCCAACCCCCUGGCCGAGGCCGGCUACGCGCACGACAUCUACUGCUUCUACCGCAGGGUGGAGCCGCGCUUCGCCGUCCCAAGCGACUACAUGACCAGCCAGGCUGAGAUCAACGAGAAGAUGCGCUCCAUCCUGAUCGACUGGCUCAUCGAGGUGCACCUCAAGUUCAAGCUGAUGCCCGAGACGCUGUACCUGACCUGCAACCUGAUCGACCGCUACCUGUCAAAGCGCAACGUCACGCGCAAGCGCCUGCAGCUGAUCGGCGUGACAGCCAUGCUGAUAGCGUCCAAGUACGAGGAGAUCUGGGCGCCCGAGGUGCGCGACUUUGUGUACAUCAGCGACAAGGCCUACAGCCGCGAGGACAUCCUGGGCUGCGAGAAGAAGAUGCUGCAGGUGCUGUCGUACGACCUCACGGUGCCGACCACCUUCUCCUUCCUGGCGCGAUUCAAGAAGGCCGCGGCCUGCGACGACCCCCGCGCGGGGCAGUAUGCGGAGUACCUGGUCGAGCUCGCCCUGGUCGACUACUCCAUGCUCAAGCAGCCGCUGUCCCUCAUCUCCGCCGCCGCUCUGCACGCCGCGCUGCUCGCCGUCGGCGCGCCCGACGCGUACCCGCGGCCGCUGCGCCGCCACGCGCGGUACGAGCUGCGGGAGGUGGCGCCGCUCGCGCGCGCACUGGUCGCGCUGGCGGCCAAGGCGCCGGACGGCAGCCUGCGCGCGGUGUUCAAGAAGUACAGCAGCACCAAGUUUGCAGAGGUGGCCAAGCUCGAGCUGCCCGUGGUGGGGGAGGCCGAGGAGGCGGCGUCGUAG